AUUCAAUCUUUUCUUAGUAAACAAAGUCGAUGAUAACAUAAAUAGUAAAUCUUUUCCAGCGAGUAGGUAUACCGAUGUGAGUUUAUUUCUUAGAUAGAAAAUCAAACUUAGCCACACAGAAAAUUUUAAAUUAGUUAAUCCAGUUUAAACAAUCAAUUUGAUGAUAAAAAAACCUUUGGUACCAACUUGAAGCUACGUCGAAUUUAAGUGAUCAUUUCUGUAAUUAAACCUCUCUCCUCAAAGAUAUGGUCUCCCCAAUCCCGCCAGGCUCCAUAUAAGUAUAUAACCACCACCCGUUUCAUGAAGCAAAAAAGAUAAUCCGAUUUCUGCAUCUGAAAAAAAAAUAAAAAAAAUGAAGCAGUCUGCUCAGCUGGUCUUCGUCCCAGCUCCCGGGAUCGGCCACCUAGUCUCCACAAUCGAAUUCUCCCGCCGAUUGCUCCACCGGGACACCGCCAUCUCGGUCGUCAUCCUCCUCGUCAAGUUCCCGCCGCCAUUCGGCGAUGACGUCGACGGCUACGUCAAAUCAUUCUGCGGCGCCAUCGACGACGACGACGACCGCCGCAUCCAACUCCUCACCCUCCCCCAACUACCUCCCCCUCCUUCCUCUUCCUCGCCGGAACGUCCCAAGUCGGCGGAGCAUUUCAUCUCCACCUUAAUCGAGGCACACCGGCCGCUAGUGAAAGAAGCGAUUCUGAAUCUCGCUCUGCCCUCGGUCGCCGGCCUGGUCGUCGAUCUGUUCUGCACCUCGAUGAUCGACGUCGCUGACGAGCUCAGGAUCCCUUCCUAUCUCUUCUUCACCUCCUCGAUUGCGUUUCUCGGGUUCAUGAUUUACCUCCCGAACCGGGUCGGGUCCGGGUUCGAACUGACGGACGACCCGGUACCGAUCCCGAGCUACGCCGACCCGUUCCCUUCCCGUUUUCUCCCGUCCGUCUUCCUCGACAAGCACGGUGGGUACUCGACGAUGAAGAAUCACGGCCGGCGAUUCGCGGAAGUCAAGGGCAUUAUCGUCAAUUCCUUCGCCGAGCUGGAACCUCACGCUCUGAAAUCCCUAAUCUCUUCUUCUUCCUCGCCGCCGGUUUACCCCGUCGGGCCGAUUCUGGACCUCAAGGCUCAGGGGCAAGUGAAAUUCGGCAAGGCCGGGGAGCGCGACGAGAUCCUGAGGUGGCUGGACCUACAGCCGGAGGAAUCCGUGGUCUUCCUCUGCUUCGGGAGCAUGGGUGCUUUCGACGCGGCCCAAUUGAGGGAAAUUGCCGCCGGGCUGGAGCGGAGCGGCUGCCGGUUCCUCUGGUCGAUCAGGAAACCUCCUCCGGCGAAAGGAAUGUCACUCCCGGCGGAUUAUGGCGGGAGUUACGGCGAGAUCUUGCCGGAAGGGUUCGAGGCGAGGACGAGAGGGAAAGGGAUGAUCUGCGGGUGGGCCCCGCAAGUCGAGGUGCUGGCGCACAGGGCGGUGGGAGGGUUCGUGUCGCACUGCGGGUGGAACUCGACGCUGGAGAGCGUGUGGAACGGGGUGCCGUUGGUGGCGUGGCCGUUGUACGCGGAGCAGCAGUGCAAUGCGUUCCAGCUGGCGAGGGAGCUGGGGUUGGCGGUGGAGCUGAGGUUGGACUACCGGCUUAAGGACGGCGGAGGAGUCGUGACGGCGGAGGAGAUCGAAAAGGCCGUGAGAGGCGUGACGGAGAAAGAAGGUGCGGUGAGGAAGAGGGCGAAAGAGAUGGGUGAAAGGAGCAGAGCAGCUGUCGUGGAAGGUGGGUCGUCGUUUGCCGCCGUCGGAAGGUUGAUCCAGGUCUUUUAUGAAGAGUUGGAGAAGAAGCCUUGAUGAUCAAGACCCUGGGCCGAUCAAUACUGGGCCGCUGAAGCCCAAGUUCAAGUGCCAUGGACCAGCCCAUGAGGCUACCCAACUAUCUAAUUAGUGAGUAGUGAUAUUUGCUUUAGGUGUGGAGCGAGUGAGAAUUCUGAACGAUUUGAACUCUGGCGAUUUGCCGAUUUGAACAAUGGUAGCUGUCAUAUUGCAUUUAUAAUUGUACGUUUUAUAAAAUUGUUGUAUUAAUAAAAUGAGUGUAAUUUUAGAUUACAAUGUUAGGUGAUGGUGAUUGUAAUUUUAGAAAUGAAAUAGAGAAGUCACGUUUAAAAUGAAAU